UCAAGGGGAGGGGCCAUGUGGUAUAGCCAAUUUUCUUAAUGUUCUUCAGAGUGCCUGAGUGAGGUUGGUCACCUGUAGCCUGGCAUUAAGGGCCCACCUUGAAACUUGGUGAGUGAUGGUGCGUUCUCAGUUGUUAAAAUGAGCGCCAACCCUAACCCCCUGGAGACGUGGGUGGAUGCAACCAGUCACGCCCUGUGCAUUAACUCGGACAAGACGUUGGAAGGGACAGCGACGAAGAUCCUCAAGGUCUGCUUCUGCAGCAACACCAGCAGCAACUUGGGCAAGAACUUCAAGCUGGUCAAGUGUGACCACACGACUGAAAUCAGGGAGAUUAUCAACACAAUAUUGGACAGUGGGAGAGUGGGACCCAGCAUCAUCUUCAAGAGCUGUUAUGGACUCAGAUUGAAGCACUUGAAAUCUGACGAGGUCUACUGGCUCCACCCUGACCUCAUGAUCGAGGAGGUUCAGACCAAGUAUGAGAGCCUACAUCAUGAAGCCGAAUGGAGGUAUGAUCUGCGGAUUCGAUUCCUCCCCAAGAAUUUCAUGGAGAGUUUUCAACAAGACAGAACAACACUGUUAUGUUAUUAUCAACAGGUACGCAGUGACUACAUGCAGGACACCGCAAACCAGGUGGACCAGGACAUUGCUUUGAAGCUUGGAUGCCUGGAGAUAAGGCGGUUUUAUAAAGACCUGCCCCCAAAGGCCCUGGAGAAAAAAUCCAACUUUGAGCUGCUGGAGAAGGAUGUCGGUCUCGAUUUAUUCUUCCCUAAGCAGUUGCAAGAUAGUAUGAAGAUGAAACACCUCCGUAAACUCAUCCAGCAGACCUUUCAGCAGUUUGCCCAUUUCAAGGAGGAUGAAUGCAUCAGGCAGUUUUUCCAGAUUCUCAGCUGUGUGACUGACUUUGAACAGGAACAUUACAAAUGUGAACUUGGACAAGGCUGGACGGUGGCAGUGGACCUGGUGAUUGGAUGGCAGGGCAUCGGCCAGGUGAUCAGCUCGGGUGAGCCCAUCAGCUUGGCAGAGUUCAAGCAUAUUAAAUCCAUCAAAUCUGUUCAUUCAGAGGGCAAAACGAAAGCUCUGCUUCAACUGGAAAUCAGUGGGGCUUCACAGCCGCUGACAAUAACAGCCUCGUCGCUGGCGAUGGCGGAGAACAUGGCCAAUCUCAUCGAUGGCUGCUGCCAACUGGAGCGCGGCGAUGCAGUCUCCCUCAUCACGAGUUUCAGGAGAGAUCAAGAAUCAAAAGACAAGCUUCCUGACCUUCCUGCCCGGCCAAGACCAGAAGUGAAGAUUACCGAUGAGCCAAGAUCCAUGUUGUCACGGAGAAGCAUGGAUUCCGACAUCUACGCCGAAAUCCAGGACAUGCCGAGAUCUGCAGUUCCUCACAAUAAUAUCUCUCGAGACUCUGUGGUUCUGGGCCGGAUUCUGGGAGAAGGAUUUUUCGGUCAGGUUUAUGAAGGACUUUACAAAACAAAUAGUGGGGAGCAGCUGGCUGUUGCUGUGAAGACCUGCAAGGGUGAAUGCACGUUUGACAUCAAGGAGAAGUUCCUCCUGGAAGGCACAAUCAUGGAGCCCCUCGACCAUCCGCAUCUCGUCAGGCUGAUCGGGAUGAUUGAAGAGGAGCCGGCCUGGCUAAUCAUGGAAUUGUAUCCUUAUGGAGAGCUGGAGAGUUACCUGGUCAGCAACAGAGCCACCCUGGAAGUGGUGACGCUGGGCGAUUAUUCCUGGCAGAUAUCCAAAGCCCUCGCCUACCUGGAGGGUGUGAAGGUUGUGCAUCGGGACAUAGCUGUGCGGAAUGUUCUAGUGGCUUCCCCGAAUUGCGUGAAGCUGGGCGAUUUUGGACUCUCUCGUUACAUUGAAGAGGACAAUUACUAUAAAGCAUCUGUAACGCGAAUGCCGAUUAAAUGGAUGGCGCCAGAAUCCAUUAACUUCAGGCGUUUCACAGCCGCUAGUGAUGUCUGGAUGUUUGGAGUAUGCAUGUGGGAGAUCCUUAGCUUUGGGAAGCAGCCCUUCUUCUGGCUGGAAAACCGGGAUGUGAUCGGCGUGUUGGAAAGAGGUGAUAGGCUUCCGAAGCCGGAGGUUUGCCCCCCGACCCUCUACACCCUGAUGACCCGCUGUUGGACCUACGAACCUCGGGAAAGGCCGAAGUUCACGGAAAUCGUCUGCUCGCUGAGUGACAUUCACCAGAUGGAAGUGGAGCAGCGGGAGGAGCGCAAGUACUGGACUGAGCGCAGAAUAACCACGAGGAACCCCGAGAUCACGCUGGCCAUCAACGAACCCCCACCCAAGCCAUCAAGAACGAGAGGAUCUACAAUGAAACCACGUGGAAUGCAUUUCUUGAAUCCAGGACUUCAGUUCCAAGUUCCAGAGUCCCUCUGUGCCAGCUCACCACACAUACUUUGCUCACCCAGUAGUGAGGCACCGGGUGACUCCACAAAGACUCACCCCACAAAACCAUUUAGAAGACUCAGUAUGCAGGAAGCGGAUCUCAUCGGAGAGAUUAACAACAAAGAAGAUGCCCAGAAGCUCUGGGAGAUGGAACAGGUCAAGCUCCAGGAGAGGAUCAAGCAGCAACAACGGGAAAUGGCUGAAGAUAAGAAGUGGCUGGAGAAGGAAGAGAAGCUGCUGGCUCCAAAUGAAAACCAGUCCCAAAACGAGAGUGACCCGGAGUCGUGCUACACUGAGUUCACGGUGGCGCCAGAGAAACCUCCGAGGAAGAAUCCGCCGCCGAUUCAGGCAGCUCCCACAGCCAACCUGGACCGCACGGAUGACAAGGUGUACCCCCUGGUCAUGGAGCUGGUCAAGGCCGUGCUGCAUCUGAAGAACCAGGUGUACCAGCUGCCGACGGAUGAGUACAUCCACCUGGUGAAGACCGUGGGUAUGAAUCUUCGGCGUCUGACCAGCAGUGUGGACGAGCUCUUGCCGAAGCUGCCUGCCUCAUCACGGACAGAGAUCGAGGGGACGCAGAAGCUCCUAAACAAGGACCUGGCUGAUCUGAUAAGCAAGAUGAAGCUGGCCCAGCAGAACUCGGUAACCUCGCUUAGCGAAGAGUGCAAGAAGCAGAUGUUGACAGCCGCGCACACCCUGGCAGUGGACACAAAGAACCUGCUGGAUGCUGUGGAUCAGGCCCGUGUGCGUUCAGGAGAAGCCAAGCCCAUCCCCGACUGACCGCGGCCCUCCCGCUCACUGCCUGCAGGCCUGGAGAAAGGGGACCUAAGCGCAACCCAAGCUGCAUGGGAUUAGUCCUAGAGCGUGGGGCGAGGGGCACUCCCCAGGGGGAGGGGAACACUGGCAUUGUCUGAACACAAACCUGGCGGCUUGUGUUUGGAGGGUGGAGGGUUCUUCUAAAUCUAACUGAUCCCGUUUGGCAUUUAGCUCUCUGUGAUACCAUACACUGUGAUUCUGCGCUUCGCCAGAUGUUUCCUGAUGUGUUGUCAUUUUGAAUCCUAAGGCACCUAGAAAUACCUAAUCAUAAAGUGCCAGACGGGAGAUGCCAGGCAUUGUCUGGCGAGGCCAGAAUGAAUGUCUCUGAGCGCUUUCACCCAACAUCAUGGAUGCAUUUGUAAAUACCACGGCAGGUGAAGCACCAACAGGAAUCUCGCUCAAAUGUGAAACGCCUUGCCCAUUCAUUCCUCGCCUCUCAACACAAAAAGAUUUUGGGGGAAAAAAAAACUCGGCUUGUGUUGAGUUCUUGGAUAUUUCCUUUCUCCAAUAAAGGUAGAAGUGCGAAAGCCAAGCACGGAUGUGAUGACUGCUGAAGACCUGAGACUUGGUGGCUGCAAGAUACCUCAUCUUGCAGAUGAGCAACUAUCAGUUAAUGUAUUCAGAAAUGUAUUCACUUCAGGGCUGCUGGGAUGGUGAGUAAAUCAGAAGUUUUUGACCCCACAUCUGAGGAGGGAUGUGCUGGCAUUGGAGAGGGUCUAGAGGAGGUUUAGGAGAAUAAUCCCAGAGAUGAUUGGGUCAACAUA